GUCGGACUCGCCGGCCGGGGAAGGCCCGGGCCCUCAGCUGCGCUUUGUGCUGCAGGGGUUAGUCCGUAGCGCCAGCCACCCUCCUGCGGCCCACGCCCGCCGGGCAGCAGCCGAGAGGCGACGCGCUGGGACCUCUGGAUGUUGCUGCCGUGGUGGGAGCAUGCACCGGGGGCCAGUCCCUGGACCAGCGAGGGCGGGCGGCUGUCCCCGCUCAGAGCACGGAAGCAUGUCCCAGCAGCACUCAGCCAUCUAGGCCGGCCGGCACCGCGGAGGGCCCAGGAUGGAGGCCGGGCACAAGGCGCUGCCGGGCGAGGAGGCCGGGGACGGGCCGGAGGACGGCGGCGGGGGGUGGAACCACAAAACCAACCCCUUCUGGACGGCCGUCUUCGACUACGAGGCGGCGGCGGAAGAGGAGCUGACGCUGCGGCGCGGCGACCUGGUGGAGGUGCUCUCCCAGGACUCCACCGUGUCGGGAGACGAGGGCUGGUGGACGGGGAAAAUCGAGGACAGGGUGGGCGUCUUCCCCUGUGACUACGUGGCCAGCGGCCCCCCGGGCGGCCCCUACCCUCUGCCGCUGGAGAUCUCCUUCCAGGAGCUGCUGCUGGACGAGAUCAUCGGGGUGGGGGGCUUCGGGAAGGUCUACAAGGGCGUGUGGCGGGGGGAGGAGGUGGCGGUGAAGGCGGCGCGCCAGGACCCCGACGAGGACAUCAGCACCACGGCCGAGAGUGUCCGGCAGGAGGCCCGGCUGUUCUGCAUGCUGCGCCAUCCCAACAUCAUCGCCCUGAAGGCCGUGUGCCUCCAGCCCCCCAACCUGUGCCUGGUGAUGGAGUACGCCCGGGGCGGCGCCCUCAACCGAGCGCUGGCCGGCAGGAAGGUGCCGCCGCACGUGCUGGUGAACUGGGCCGUGCAGAUCGCCCGCGGCAUGAACUACCUGCACAAUGAGGCCGUGGUGCCCAUCAUCCACCGCGACCUGAAAUCCAUCAACGUCCUGAUCCUGGAGAAGAUGGAGGACGGGGAGCUGGGCGGCCGCACGCUGAAGAUCACGGACUUCGGGCUGGCGCGCGAGUGGCACAAGACGACCAAGAUGAGCGCAGCCGGCACCUACGCCUGGAUGGCGCCCGAAGUCAUCCGGCUCUCGCGCUUCUCCAAGAGCAGCGACGUCUGGAGUUUCGGGGUGCUGCUGUGGGAGCUGCUGACCGGGGAGGUGCCGUACCGGGAGAUCGACGCUCUGGCCGUAGCCUACGGUGUGGCCAUGAACAAGCUGACGCUGCCCAUUCCCUCCACCUGCCCCGAGCCCUUCGCCCGCCUGCUGGCAGAGUGCUGGGACCCCGACCCCCACGCCCGGCCGCCCUUCGGGAGCAUCCUGGGGCGGCUGGUGGCCAUCGAGCACUCGGCCAUGUUCUCCAUGGCCCUGGACGCCUUCCACUCGCUGCAGGACGACUGGAAGCUGGAGAUCCAGCACAUGUUCCGUGAGCUGCGCGCCAAGGAAAAG